GCAACAGUGGUUCGUUAGCCUGCGCCUGCUUAUAAAGUCCCAUGUGAGCGAGUACCUCUGCGGGAUGGCAACAGAAGCGAAACGAGCCAAGGUAGAGGAUGGUUCAGAGCUGAGCCCCCGGCAGAGCUUUGUACAGUGGUGUGACAGAGUCAGCUCGGAGCUCAGCAGUAAGGUAUGUUAAUGCAUCCUGCACCAUCUACACUUUAGGUCAGGACUAAGAUCUAGUGGGUAAAGAGGGGACUGUGGCAGAGUAUGGGAUGUUGGCUAAGGAAGACAUAGAGGAAGGGGAGGUUUUGUUCACCAUCCCUAGAUCAGCUCUUCUCCAUCAGGGAACAACCAAAGUUUCUGCCUUGCUGGAAAAAGAGCAGUCGUCUCUGCAGAGCUCCUCAGGUUGGGUUCCCCUGCUGCUGGCUCUGCUGUAUGAGUACACAUCCUCACAGUCCCACUGGAAACCCUACCUCUCUUUGUGGACUGACUUCAAGACAAUAGAUCAUCCCAUGUUCUGCAUAGCAGCGUUCGCGGCCACAGGUGCAGUGAUGGGAUUUUUGAGACAGCCCACAGGGAGUUUUGUUGCUCAAAAGUUGGCAACAGUGGAGGGGAGGAAGCACGAGGCUGGAAAAUGGCUGGAGUCUGAACUGGAUCUGGGCCUGAUCUGA